UUCCUGCUAACAUUGCGGGAAAGUCGAAGUUAUAAACAGGAAGGCGUUUCUGGUGCUUUUCAGUAUUAUGCAUUAAUUUGCUAACGUUUUGUUGUAUUUAUAUAAAUCAGUAAACCUCUGAAACGGAAUGUUUCCUUGCAACUAAAUACAGCUUGUUUAUUCGGUUCGUUCAUUUGAGAAAAGCAUUAUUUACAGAACCCUACACGUUAUAUUUAGAAUAUAUAUAAAGUGAAAUGCGCAAAAAUGAGGACACUAGACGAAGUGCAAGCUACACUGCAGAUUGCUAAACUGAACGUGGAUGACUUGAAACCUGUCAUUCAUUGUCUCUCCUUCGGUGAAAACAUCUCGUCUGGGGACUACUGCCUCAUGGAAUUAGAUGACACACUCUGUAAACACAUUGAAGCCGGUAAGAGUCUAGUUAUCAGAGGUGAUAAAGAUGAACAUGCUGUGUUGUGCAGUGAAGAUAAAACGUAUGACCUGAAGAUAGCUGACACCUCAAACCUGCUUCUCUUUAUUCCUGACUGUAAAACACCAGAUCACUUUCCAGAAGACCUACCUUGUCAAAAUCUCAUUCCGUCUCGGAUCUCAGGAUUUUCCAAUUGUUACUGGGAGCUGAGGAGAUGUCGACCGAAAGUAAAGAAACUCAAAAAACUUUUAAUGGACAAUGCAUAUGAAGGGCCUGACAGUGAAAAUGAAAGAAAUUCUACUGAACAAAAGUACUCUACAGAUGACUUGUUGGAAAGAAUUCAAGCAAGCGAGCAAGAACUGUUAAACCAGCUUCAGCUUAUCCAUGCCUGUGAGAUUGAAGGAUACUGGAGGAUUCUGGAGUUUGACUACGAGAUGAAAAUUUUGGGUCAUAUUACCCAACUAGUGGAUUCAGAAUCUUGGUCGUUCAGUAAAGUUACUUUGAGUGUGUGUCUAGAGGAGCUUGGCCCCCUUGAACCAAAGGAGCUGAUUGAACACUGUUUGAACUGCUAUGGCAAGCGAUACACAGCGGAAGCAGGUGAAAUUUACUUUUCUCUGAAUGAAGAUAAAGUGUGCCGAGCUACAGCACAGAUGCUGUUGCAGAACGCGGUCAAGUUUAACUUGUCUGAGUUCCAGGAGGUGUGGCAGCAGAGUGUUCCAGAGGGCAUGACAACCAGACUGGAUCAGCUCAAGGGUUUGGCUCUUGUGGAUCGAUCCUCAAGGCCAGAAACAAUCUUCUUGCUCAAAGUAGAAGACUUACCAGAGGAUACACAGGAAAGGUUUAACUGUCUGUUUGGCAUGAGGGAAAAAUGGACCGAAGAGGCUGUUACCCCCUAUAUACAAGAUUUGUGUGGUGAAAAGCAAACAAUUGGAGCUCUUCUCACUAAGUAUUCUCGUACUUCCAUGCAAAACGGUGUGAAAGUGUACAGUUCUAGACGACCAGUAGCAACUUAACCAUCAGAAGAACUGAGAUCCCAUGGUACAUAUUCCUGGUUCCCUUUUAAGGCUCUUUAAGUCUGUAAUUAUGCUAUUGGUUUUGUAUGCAAGUAUGCACAUUUUCUUACUUCUUACUUCUUACUUAUUGAACUUCUUUAUAUAUUGUAACAUAUAUUGUUUCUGAAAUAUUAUUGAAUGAAGCUAGUAAAACUUUCCAUGUUCACUUCAAUAAUGACCCCAAGGAUUCAUGUUCAAUGUCAUGUUCUGGCACAUAUUAAACUUUAUAUAUAUA